AUGGCUUUAGCCGAAGGACAAGAUAUCUAUCUCUCGUCACUCAAACAAUUCCGAAAAAGAUCCAAUAUAAGACAAGUAGUUGAGAAUUUUGCGGAAGAUAUUGCAUCUCAGACAAUGAGUUAUAUCUCCAAUAGCUGCCUCGCGUCUUCCGUUUUUCGUGUUCUUGGUGUUGGCAGUGGACAUGGGAAAACUGAUCUGAGAAUUCUGAAUUCAGUAGCAACAGCUAUCGAAUCUUCACAAAAGAAGAAACCAGUGAUACACACGGCUAUCAUUGAACCGAGUGAUACGAUACAGGAGUUCAAGUCAUCAGUAACACCACUACCGCAGACAUUAUGCAGUUUGGCUGAUGUUUCGUUCGAAUGGCACCAGAAGACCUUUCAGCAAUUCAUCGCAUCUUGUCCACAUGAAGAUUAUUUCGACAUGAUUCAUUUCGUUACGUCCUUGUACUACAUGGAUGCCGAAAGCUCCUUAAAAAGCUCUCUUAAGUUGCUUGCUAGCGGUGGAGCCAUGUUCUGCAUACUUUCAUCAGAAACAUCGUUUUUCCCGAAGCUGGCCAAGAAACUCAAACCGGAUUGCGUCAACCUUUGCUCGGCGAAGAAAAUUUACACCCAGAUGGAUGUUAGGAAAAUUGCCCAAAGGAACAACUGGAAAUACGAAGAAUUAUCAAGGGCUCACUACAGUGUUGACAUCAGCUGCUGCUUCGAUGAGUCUUCAACAGAAGGUGGCUUACUUCUCGACUUUUUAACCCAUCAAGAAAACUUCCGUGUUAAUGCUGAAAGCGCGGUCUAUAGAGAGGCGAUGGAGUUUUUGAGCGAAGAAUGCAGUGUCGAUGAAAACGGAGCGAAAUUUAUUCAGCCCGAAUUCGCUGCCGUUGUAAUUUACAAACAAUGA